AUGGCUUCCGACGCCAAGGAGGUAGCCGUUGACCUCGCCCCUAUCCUCCGAGUCUACAAAGACGGCACGGUGGAAAGACUCAUUGGCUCACCCCACGUCCCACCAUCUCCAGAAGACCCAGCCACCGGCGUCUCCUCCAAAGACACCACCAUCUCAUCACUCAUCUCCGCCAGACUCUAUCUCCCAAACCUCCCCAAAACCACCACCACCACCACCACCCAAAAGCUCCCCAUCUUAGUCUACUUCCACGGCGGAGGCUUCUGCGCCGGAUCCACCUUCUCUUUCUUAAGCCACCGAUACAUGAACCUAAUUGCAUCUGAAUCGAAAGCUCUUAUAGUUGCAGUCGAGUACAGGCUCGCUCCAGAGCACCCUUUGCCUGCGGCUUAUGAAGAUUGCUGGGAUGCUACUCAGUGGGUCGCUUCACACGCCGUUGACGGAAAUGAUGAUGGUGGCGAUAAAGAACUCUGGUUGAUCAACCAUGGUGAUUUUGAGAGGGUUUUCAUUGGUGGGGACAGUGCUGGAGGUAAUAUUGUACAUAACAUCGCCGUGCGUGCUGGUAUUGAGAGCUUUCAUGGCGAUUUGAAAAUCUUGGGAGCUUUUCUUUCUUGCCCUUAUUUCUGGGGAUCCAAGCCUAUGGGAUCGGAGCUGACUGAAAAAAGUGAACAGAUGAAGCUUUACAGGAUUUGGAUGUUUGUUUAUCCUUCGGCGUCUGGUGGCAUCGACAACCCGAUGAUCAAUCCAUUUGCUGAUGAUGCGCCAAGCUUAUCGGGGCUUGGAUGCUCGAAGGUGUUGGUGUGUGUUGCAGAGAAGGAUCCUCUAAGGGACAGAGGUGUACAUUAUGUUGAGGCUGUGAAGGAAGAAAGUGGAUGGAAAGGGGAAGUGGAGCUUGUUGAGGUUGAAGGAGAGGACCAUUGUUUUCACAUCUUUACUCCCGACACUGAGAACGCAAAGAAUCUCAUAAAGCGCUUAGCUUCUUUUAUUGCACAGUGA